AAGUGAGAGUGAGGGAGGGAGAGCUUUGGUUGAUUGAUUGAAUUUAGAUUUGUUAUUUUAGCUUUAUCUGCCGACACACAAGAGGCCAUAAAGGACCACUGGGGGACAGCUGCUCAAGACUACGUUUUCUCCUGUGUUCUCUCCUCUCUCUCUUUCUUUUUAUCUCCCUAUUUGUAUUUCUGGGUGGGUUUCAAAAAUAUAGCAGAGGGUGGUUAUGGAUUUCUACCGGGAAGUAUCAGUUUCCGGUGAAUACCCUCAGGAGCAGGUCCCUUCCACAGUCUGCUCCAAGCUUGGGGGCUUAUCAGCUGGUUCUCUUGAUGAUCUUUUCUCCACCCAGAAUACGGAAGUGGAUGUUAGCUUAGAGUGGCUGUCAAUUUUCGUAGAGGACUGCUUAUCCAGCACCGGAAACUGCCUCCCGGCGCCCAAAAAUGUUGCAAGUGAUAGUGCAACCCCGAAACCCUCAAAACCCUUGCAGUCAAUGCAGAAACCCCAACAAAAACCUUCGUCCCCACUGCAAAAUUUGGUAAUCCCAGGCAAGGCCAGAAGCAAAAGAAAAAGGGCCACAACCAUAACCACCUCGUUCAGCAACUGGGUUCACCAUCUAAACCCGGAAAACCAAAACCUCCAUAUUACCAGCUCUGACCCUCCUUUGCUUCAACAAGCUUAUUGGUUGGCUGACAGUGAGCUCAUUGUGCCCAAAAAGGAGGAGAGCAGCAGCAAUAAUAACAACAACAAUAACAACAGCAUGGUGAAAGAAGAAGAGGAAGUAGAAGAAGAAGAGGAGGAGGAAGAAGAAGAGGAAGAAGCAAGGGAGGAGGUGGAGGUGGAGAAGGGGAACAAGGAGAGCUGGGGCAAUUUGGAGGGGAGUAAUGGGCAGCCAAGGAGGUGCACCCAUUGUCUAGCACAGAGGACCCCACAGUGGAGGGCAGGACCAUUAGGCCCUAAAACACUCUGCAAUGCAUGUGGGGUGAGGUACAAGUCGGGCAGGUUGCUGCCCGAAUACAGGCCGGCCAAAAGCCCUACUUUUGUGAGCUAUAAGCACUCCAAUUCUCAUAAGAAAGUCAUGGAGAUGAGAAUGGCUGUUCUCUCUUCCAUUCCCAGUGACCAGUGAGCAGUCAGCAAUCAGCAAUCAGCAGUCAGCAGUGAGCAUUAAUUAUCCCUUAAAUUUGUUAGUUUUCAAAAGUUUCAACCCUCCAUUUCCACCACCCUCCAAUGUCCACCCAGUGUAAAUCAUAGUUGAAACACUAAAAUCUAUUCAGAAAUUCUUAUAUAUAUAAUGCUAUUUUAUAUGUUUACCUCUUA